AUCGAAACCUAAAAAUGUGCGACAAGUUUUUGAAAUAUCUCGAAAAGAAGUUUUCUUGCUUUGGCCAAACCGUAAAUGACGACGGUUCCAGUGAUGAGCACAGUGGAAGAAACUCGGAUGGAAGCUGCAAUUCUUCACACAGUGAUGACGAUUUUUACCAAGAGGACAGUUUCAAGAGCUACAGUGAAGGAGAAAACUCGGGAGAAGAUGUUGUGGAGUCCACCGGGCGGGACGGAACUCGCAGUUCGAGCUACGAAGAAUGUUCUUCGAAAACCACAGGAUCGACGCACACUAUUGAAAAUACCGAAGCACCGGGCUUAACCGAUCAUUAUAAGAAGAAAAAGUCGCCUACACAAAACACCAAAAAGCAUGUGAAAAUAAGGGUUGGAAGUAGCACUCUGAGAACGGAGCAGGAGGAUCAACAAAAAUCACCAAAUUUCGAAAAACGUCGACCAAAACAAACCAAUAAAGAACUUCCAAAAGCUUCGCCUCAGCGAAAUAGAUCGAAGCAAGAUCGAAAUUUGAAGAAGCCGCAAGCAAUGAAGGAUAAAACUGUCAAGCAAAAGAAUGACAAUCGACCAGACACAGCUAAACAAAGUGAAGAAACCAAAGAUGAAAAGGCGCCUCGUUCAAGAAAACCUUCCUUAAAGGUCAAAGAGACAGAAAAAACUGUUAAACCAAAUCAUGAGAGUAGAAAAUCUUCAUUAAAGGCCAAAAAGACAGAAAAAACAGAUAAACCAAAUCGUGAAAACAAGAAUAAAGAAAAGAUUGAAAAAGAAAAGGUGAGAAUCAAGCAACCAGAAGAAAAACGUGCAGAUGACAAAAAGGAAAAAGGAAAAAUUCCAAAAGCAGUUAGGAGAACCAACCAAAAAUCCACCCCAAAUAAUCAAGAGAAAUCUGCUUCAUCUGUAUUGCCCAAGAAAAUUUUCAGUAAGAAACCGGAAUCUGCAACUCAAAUGCACAAACCGACGAAAAGUAAUGGCAGUAAAAUUGGAACGUUUUCUAAGGAUCUUGGAUGGGUAAAUCGUUCGUGUGUCAACGACCAAGCUGUUAAAAACAGAGUCCAGGAUUUGUUGUCUAGCCGUUUGAUACAUGCAGACCACCAGGUAGAAUGGCUUGCUAGAUCGAUCCAAUGCAUUGACCUUACUACAUUAGCUGGUGAUGAUUGCCCUUCAAAUGUGGCAAGAUUAUGUUCAAAGGCAGCUCAUCCUCUGAGUGACGAUCUCACAAGAAGCCUACAAAUUAAACAUGGGCUACUGACAACUGGAGCAGUUUGUGUGUAUCCUGCCAGGGUAGCAGAUGCUUGUCUAGGACUAGAAAGAUUAGGGGCAAAUAUUCCGGUUGCCUCUGUUGCCACAGGAUUCCCUACAGGCCAAACUUCCUUGAAAAUCCGACUGGAAGAAAUUGAGUUUGCUGUGGCAAAUGGUGCUAAGGAGAUAGAUAUUGUCAUCAACCGAGAACUUGCCCUAUCCCAAAACUGGGAAGAACUGUACAAUGAACUAGUUGAGAUGAGGAAAGCAUGUGGUGAAUCUCAUAUGAAAUCUAUCUUGGCUGUUGGAGAAUUGUGUAACUUAACCAACAUCUACAAAGCUUCCCUUGUGGCCAUGAUGGCUGGUUCAGACUUUAUAAAAACUUCAACAGGGAAGGAAACUGUUAAUGCAACUCUGCCCAUCGGUCUCGUCAUGUGUCGCGCCAUCCGGGCGUAUAACCGAAAGACUGGCUUCAAAGUAGGAUUCAAACCUGCGGGUGGCAUUAGAACUUCCAAGGAUGUACUUCAAUGGAUGACGCUUAUGAAAGAAGAGCUUGGAGAUGAUUAUUUGACACCGGACUUGUUCCGUAUUGGCGCAUCGGCUCUGCUCAAUGAUAUUGAGCGCAAUCUUGCCAACCAUGCCACUGGGGGAUAUUUCAUGGCCGAAGAAAUGCCAAUGGCCUAAUAGAUCUGAUGCAGAAGCACACAUUCCCAUAUACGCUCUGUUUAAAACUCAAAUACUCUAUGUAGUUUGUUGUUGAGCUGGAGUAAUACAGCAUAAGGAAAUAGCGGGGA